GCAACGAAGAAGACUCACAGUCAGCUGUUGUGUCAUCGAACAGAGGAGUGGACAUUCAAGAGUUAACAAAGUAGAAUUUAUGGAAAAUAUAACUUGUUGAAAAUAAAAACCGUGUUCUUUUGUAACUUCAGCAGUAGAAAUGUUAAAUAAAUUUUUUGCGCUAUUCUCUGCUAGCAUACAAGCUAUCUACACGAGGAAGUACAGUUAAAUGAAGUAUUGUCCGUGCAUUAAAGAAAGAAAUGAGCAGGAAAAGAGCCCUGAUCGCAGACACGUUCUGUUUAACAAAGAGACGCAGAUGUGCAGCUGACAGUGAAACGGCAGAUGGAGCAGCUGAUGUCAGGUCAAGCUUGCAGUAUCUCAUGACACUGUUUUCACGAAAGCUCUUCAAUGAUAGCCUUCCACCAGUGGUCUUAAAACAUCAGCUGUACAGUUUACACAAUGACAAAACCUUAGUGGACAAGCAGGUGAAUGAGUUGAGGGAAAAUGGCGAGCUGUUGAUGUUCCAGCUGGGGUUUGACUCUGAGGCCUUCGCUUUGGUGUUUGCUGAAGAUUACAGAACAAAAGUCCUGCUGGGGGAAGCUGGCAGGGAAACAUGGGGAACUGUAGAGAAAUUUCUGGCCAAACUAAUACCCGGCUGCUCCGAUUUGAGUUUCAACAAGGAAAAAAUGCUUAAUGAGUUCCUCUUCACAGACCGAGAGAUAACGCAGCUGGUGAAAUCAGGCGUCCUCACGGUGAGGGAUGCGGGCAGCUGGUGGCUUUCAAUCCCCAACUCUGGCAAAUUCAUUAAGUACUUCAUUAAGGGACGCAAAGCUGUUCUUGGCAUGGUUAAGAAAUCCAGAUAUGGUGAAAUCCUCAGGACUGAAUUGGAGGGACGCCGCACAACUUCACAGGUCCAAUUCCAGAUGAAGUAUCACGUUCAUGAUAUAAUGGGAGCCGAGUUAGUGGAGUGCAUACAGACAACAUCAGGGACAUUAUUACGAUACGUGGACUGAAACGAAGAGCUCAACUCUCUUGACUUGAAGUGAACUUUGUAAUGUAUUGAUUGCCAUAUUAUUUUGGUUACAAACAGCAGAAUCAACUGUGCACAGUAUAUAUAAUAAAAUUUUGCCAAACUUCUCAGUGUCAAAUGGACGUUUUCUCACCGUCUUUGUUGGCACCACUCAGAAUCACCACUAGUUAAGGUUUUGAGAUGUGUUCUUAUGUUGCUGCCAGUUAAAUGGCAUUUACAGCUUAAGAUAAUUGUGUCUAGAACGGAGUUCAUAUUACCACGGCCCUUCAGAAGUCCUACACCAACUGCUGAAGGCCAAAAUCUGAACUACACAAGGUUUCCAACUGAAACAACACACAACUUUGUAGGGUUUUAUCUGAGUUUAUGGUUCUGUAAAACAAGUGACAUAAUCAAUACCCCUAAAAACAGGGUUAAAAUCUGGCUAUAACUCUGCAGAUAGAAAUCGCUCGAUAGGGUGAUCAAAAAUGAUGCACAUUCUGUAUCUGUGCCUCAGGACAGUUCAAGUGUGUAUGUAAAAGUGUUAAAAGUCAGAAUACCUUAUACAUGAUGUGCUGUUCAAUCAACAAGACAAGCAAUCGAUUUCAGAAUAUAAACACAUUUGACAGUUACAAGUUAUUAGUACAGAAAGAAGUCAAAUGUAAGUGGAAUAAACUGCAUCAAGAGAAAACUAACUUCACAUGAACCAAUUCCUGUAGUGUACGCUUUGACAGUAGUCUUUCUUUUUGUAACAUUAGCAAAUAUAAAAAGUGUCAUAAAGAAGAACGUUUCUAAAAGUGUCUUAACCAAAAAUAUAGAUAUGGCUGUUUUUACUAUAAAUGCCAAAAAGCAUCGAGGUGUUCAUAUACCGCUAAAUUAAGAUUUACACUAAUUGUCCCAUGUGAUCCAUUGGAUAUUUUAAGAAGCCAUUAUUGAGUGCUGAUAUUUGGGG